GGGAGCGGCGCUCAGCGCUCGGCCGGGACCCUGCCGCUGCCUUCGCCGCCCGGGGGCUGCCCUUGGAGGGGCGCAGGGGCGCUGCGGGCGCUGCCCCUGAGAUGCAGUGUUACGUGCCAGCCCCGCCGCCCACCCUACCUGUGCUGGGCCCGCUGCCGCUCCUCCCCCGGCCCCGCCGCCGCCCCCGCGGGGGCCGGGACUGAGCUCUCCGCGGCUCCGAGACGCGGCCCCGAGGAGAGGGAGAAGGAGACAGAGCGGGAGCGCUGCCGGCCGCGGCGCACGAUGUGGGUGCCGCUGCUGGCGUGCCUCACCGCGGGGAUCAUCUCCCUGCCCAAGUGUCAGCGCGGCCCCGGACCCCUCCUGGGAGCGGCCCGGCUGCUGGCGGCCGUGCCGGGACUCUGCCAGCACCCAGAAAACAGAUGUGCCACUUCAAAUGCAGCAACAUGCACAAGGUGCCUUUCUUUGGGUCCAGAGUGUGGGUGGUGUGCUCAAGAGGAUUUCAUGGCCGACACAACACAGAAGGGACGCUGCGACACUGUUUUCAACUUAAUGAAAAGAGGCUGCCAAUCAGAUUUUGUAGAAAAUCCCACAGUUCAUGUCACAGUGCCCAGUGACCAUGAGACAAACACACAAGUGACACCUGGAAAAGUUUCAGUCCAACUGCGUCCAGGAAGUGAAGCAAACUUUAUGUUAAAAGUCCGUCCUCUAGAGAAAUACCCUGUGGAUCUUUAUUAUUUAGUUGACGUCUCAGCCUCUAUGCACAACAAUAUAGAAAAACUAAAUUCCAUUGGAUUUGCUUUAUCUAAAAAGAUGGAGAAUAUUUCUGUUGAUUUUCGACUUGGAUUUGGAUCCUAUGUGGAUAAAACUGUGUCACCCUAUAUUAGCAUUCAUCCAGGUAGAAUCCAUAACCAGUGCAGUGAUUAUAAUUUAGAUUGUAUGCCUCCUCACGGUUAUAUUCACGUGCUAUCCCUGACCGACAAUAUAGCAGAAUUCAGAAAUGCAGUAAAUAAACAAAAAAUUUCUGGGAAUAUUGAUACACCUGAAGGGGGUUUUGAUGCGAUGCUCCAAGCAGCUGUGUGCCAGAGUCAUAUUGGGUGGCGGAAGGAAGCAAAGAGACUGCUUCUUGUGAUGACAGAUCAAACUUCUCAUCUGGCCCUUGAUAGCAAAUUAGCAGGGAUCGUAAUUCCCCAUGAUGGAAACUGUCAUUUGAAAGAUAACGUGUACAUCAAAGCUACGAGUAUGGAGCAUCCGUCUCUUGGCCAGCUCUCUGAAAAGUUGAUUGACAAUAAUAUCAAUGUUAUUUUUGCAGUUCAAGGAAGCCAGUUCCACUGGUAUAAAGAUCUGUUGCCUCUGUUGCCUGGUACUGUUGCAAGACAGAUAGAAUCACAAGCAGCAAAUCUCAAUGAUUUGGUGGUAGAAGCUUAUCAGAAACUAAUCUCUGAAGUGAAAAUUCAAGUGGAUAACCAGAUCCAAGGACUUGAUUUUAAUAUCACUGCAAUCUGUCCUGAUGGAAGUAAAAAAACUGCCAUGGAAGGAUGUAAAAAUGUGGGAUAUAAUAAAGAAGUACUUUUCAAUGUAUCAGUUACAAUGAAAGGAUGUGAUACAACUGGAGGAAGACAAUAUGCAAUACUUAAACCUAUUGGUUUCAAUGAAACCGCCAUUGUUAAUGUGCUGAAAAGCUGUGCCUGUAAGUAUGGAGACAGUGCAAGGCACAAAAGAGUAUGGACUGAUGAAACUUCUUCUGAGGGCAAACAGUCCCCUUGCAGUGACAGUAACUGUAGCUUUAACAGAGAUACACUUCCCUCUGAGACUUGCAGACAACACCAGGACCAGCCCAUCUGCAGUGGUCAAGGAAAUUGCAUAGAUGGAAAAUGUUUCUGCUACAAAAACAAGCUAGGCAAAGUGUUUGGCAAGUACUGUGAAAUGGAUGACUUUUCCUGCCCAUAUCACCGGGGAAACUUAUGUUCUGGUAAUGGUGAAUGUGAAGCUGGUAAAUGCAAAUGCUUCACUGGCUGGGAAGGUGACCGUUGCCAGUGCUCAUUACAAUCAGGAAAGUACUGCCUGAAUUCAAAUGGCCAGAUUUGCAGUGGAAGAGGAAAAUGUGUAUGUGGAAAGUGUGAGUGCACAGAUCCAAGAAGCUUUGGCCGUUUGUGUGAAUAUUGCCCUACUUGUAACAAAGCCUGUGAAGAAAACUGGAAUUGUGUUCAGUGCCAUCAUUUUAACAAUGCAUCCCAAGCAAAACUUGACCAGUGCACAACCUCAUGCUCUUACCUGCUGCAUUAUAUUGACCAAACUUCAGAAUGUUUCCCUGGACGAAGCUACUUUAGAGUCUUUUCCAUAAUCUUUAUAGUUACCUUUCUGAUUGGGUUGCUUGUUGUCCUUAUCAUCAGGCAAAUAAUUCUGCAGGGGAGUAGCAAUAAAAUUAAAUCUUCAGCUGAUUACAGAAUAUCUGCAACAAAGAAGGAUAAGAUGUUUUUGCCUACUGUUUGUACAAGAACAGUAACAUACAGACGUGACAAACCAGAGGAAAUAAAUAUCAACAUCAGCAAGUUACGAUUAAAUGAAACUUUCAAGUGUGAAUUCUGAAGAGAGUGUGUUUUCUGCAAAUGUCUGUUUCCAUCACACUCAACUUUUUAAAGUUAUCUUCUGUACUCCGUCGGAGUUGUGACUGUUGCCAUAUGGUUUUGUGUCCUGCGAUGCUGAAUACUGUAACAAAGUCACAUGUAAGCAUAUUCACAUAAUGUGAUUAUGUUUGAAACUAUAGCUGCUGUAUUUUUUUAAUGGUUUAUUUUUUUGGGGGAAAGAGAAAUGUGCGUUACUACUGUUCAGGAACUUUAGUUUGAUGUAGCACUUUAGCAUAUUCUAAUUUAUUUAGUUUUGGCCUAGAAUGUAGAUAUGAACAGGUCUGACAAAUCACUGAUCUCAUUCUACAUGUACCUAGUACUGUUGUGCUCUGUGGGAAUGGACAAAAGCUGUGACUGAAAUAUUAACAUUGCUGUAUAGUAUAACAAUAGAUGAAAUUAUUCAAAUGCUCUUAAGUAGAGUAAAUGGUACUUUUAUAGUUCUCUCAGUUGACAAAUUCCACUGAUUUGUCUGCUUUAGCCUCUUACCUUUUCCUCGUUACUUAAAAAUAAUUGGAUUGAAUGAGUUACUGGUGUGGGUAUACAGUUGUGUGUAUACACACAUACACACACACAGAGGUAAAUUAUAUAUAAAGGUUUUUAUAUGUAUGAUGUCACUUAAGCAUAAUUUAUAUCUGGUAAAGAGUAAUUUUUAGCUUUUUUAUUUGUUUCAACAUAAACCCUUUUAUACAAAUUUUAAGGUAUUUGGAAACUGAGUGGCUACAGAAAGCAAGAGCUCUUCUGUCCAACAACAUAGUGUACAUGAUGAUCACUGCCAGCUGACUUCAGCUCUGGAGUCAGCAGCAUUUCCAUUGCAAAUAGAUAAAUUAUACCAGAGCUGUGCUUGUUUGCUAGCUACAUGUCAGUGUUUUGCUAAAUGAAGGCUUUGUUCUUUUUUGUAUGAUGUCAGACAUAAGUCUGAUUUUACACACGUGCUAUUCUUUCUAUGUAAAUUACUGGACAGAAUUAGGUUUUGUGAAUUCUGAUGUAACCACUUCCAUUUUUAUGACUAUUCAUUUGUGACAUAAGAAAUGUGCACAGUGUGAUGUGGAAAAAACCUGCAAUUUGGAAGGAGGUGGAGAAAACAGGAGUUUUUUUUUUCUCAGGAGAGCGCAUUAAAUGACUUCAUAAAUGUGGGAUCAGAUUCUGCCUUCAGAAAUGGGCAAAUCUCUUCUAAACACAGUGGGACCAAUAUAAGCUUAUCUGAGAGCAGAAUUUGAUCUACACAGUCCAGCAGAAGCGUUUUCUUACCCCUGAAACUGGCUACAGUGGUAGAAGACGAGUUACUGUUAUAAGCUAGUUGGAAGAGUCAGCCUGAUUUACUAACUUUAUGCUGCCAAACCCUAUGAAAAUAUUCAAGUUCUAAUGCACUAAAAUCUUGCUGGCAAAAAGGAAAAUCAUCUCAGAAGACAGUAUGCAGUGUAUCAUUUCAGCAACAUUAAUUACUGUUACUGAAUAUUGGUCUGCACUUGUCAUAGAUAAGAAUUACAGAAACAAAGCAGGACCACUUUAUAUGCAGUUUGUAGAGAUUAGUAUAUAUUCCUAUUUCUUGUUCUGUAUUUCUUAUGUAAAUUCACACUGAAAUAUGAGGAGUAUACAUGUGAAAGGAAGGCAGGACGCAGAACAAAUGAUAAGUGCUGUGUGAGUGUUCAUGGUUUCUUGGGUCAUGCAUGAAGUGGAAUUGAGAAAAAUAAUAUAGAGACAAUGGGCCUGACAUUAAAUUGACAUAAAAUCUUAGAUCUUAGGGGUUGUUUUCUUUUUAAAUGUAAACUGGACGAUUCAAUGUACUAAAGCAGUCUUCAUAGUAGUCCCUGAGCUUUCUACCAAACAGGUGAAAGUGUCUCUUAUAAAGAAAAGGGUUUUUCUUACACUGACCCCAAUUUUAGUGACAGUUUAAUUGUAAUAUAUUUAUUAUAGAUUAAUCCUGUAAUCUAUCAUGUAUACCUUAAACUUUCAUUUUCUUUUAAAACCUGUAGAACCAUUUUCCUCCUCUGUAAAUUAACAGAUUCCAAACCAUUGGUUUCAGUGGGAUAAAGAGAGAAGAUUGAUAAAGGUUUAUCUGCUAUUGCCCAUAUCACAAUUCAUUAGUAUUUUUGAGUAGGAAACACAGUUUCACUUAAUAAAACAAGCAAAAAUAAACUGAAAGCUUAGUGGAGAAUAUCUGAGUAUAUAAUGAAAAUUGUGAUUGUGUUCUUUAAACAGUGUGGUAGUUUUCUUUGUAACAAAAACAAUUCUUCAGAAUGUAUUUCCCAUAAUGGCCUUUAAAGCAUUUACUGAAGUGACAGCUAAUGUUUUUUCUUUAGACAUUUUUUUUUUUGCUGUUAGAAGGUGUCAAGUUAUAAGGGUAGGGGACAGUGAAUGUUCUUUGUGGAGGAAGACUUAAGUUGUAACACCCAUCUUCCAGAUAACAUCAAAUGGAUACUACUUUUCUUGUGUAGCACUUAGUUGGCAUUGCAGUGCUGCCUGUGAAAGGGCACGGACAGUAUUUACUUAUCAGACACCUGCCUGAAUAUUUAAAAUGCUCUGGUCAAACAGAGCAGGCUUACAGGAUGAAUUGCACUGUAAACUGCUUGCUGUCCUGAGAUUAAAAAGAAAGUAUAGUAACAAAAAAAAAAAGCUUUUUUUUUGCAUCUCCCUCAUGGUUUUGCUGUAUUGUGGAGGAGGUCAGGGAAAACGAAUAAGCUGUUGCUAAUGUGACAGGUCAAGGCUUUUAGAAGGCCCAUGAGGAGCUUAUACAGGGCAGGAUCCUUUGGAGGAGGCUUUGUUUCUAGGGAUGGAAUCUAUCCAUGAGAAACUCUGGCUUUGCUUGGUACUUGUUUCCCUCUGCCUUUGACCAUGUUUUUCAGAAGAGCUGCUGCAGGAGAUGAAUAGCCCAACAAAAGCCUCACUAUUUAGGGAGCUGUGUUCCCUCAGCACAUGACCUUAAAUGAGAAAGCAGCCUGUAAUUCACAAGGAAUUUCCUCAGCUAUUGCAGAAGGACUCUGCUUCCUAUAGUGCUUAAUAUGGGAGAUAUUAAAGACUAAUUAGUUCAUAUUCGUUUUCAAUGUAUUGUGCGUCAAAGAUGCUUAUAAACCUGGCGGGGGGGGAAGGGGGGGAGAAUAUCUAGCCUGAGAAUAGAAUGUUCCAAACUUCUUAAAUAAAACUUCUUAUACUGGGCUUCUUAAAAAAAAACAAAAAACAACCAAAAAAAACCAACAAAAAAAAACCUCAAAUAAUUCAACUGCAUGCCUAUUCCCAAAAAUACACCAGCAGAUGCUCUUGCAUCUUAUAAUUGUUGUUUGUAAUGGGAGUUGUUUUUAGGUUUGCUUCCACAAACAGAGCAUGUGUAUGAUUCUUCAACAGCAGAUUUGUUAAUGCCAAGAUCCAUAUGUAUACUUUCCAAAUUCUAAUACAAUUUUUUUUACCUUUAAAUGGUUAUUUUUCUAACAUUUCAGAAUGACAUGUUUAUACAAUUAAGAAGUAUACAUUUUACUUCUGAUUUUUUUAAAGACUUCACAAUGAAGAAAUACCAUGAACUGAUUAUUUCUAAGCAUAAGUACAUUAAUAACAUUGCUACAGAAUUGUGUGGGAAAAGGAGCUGUUUCAUCCAGAAAACGUGCACAUGGUAUGCAAGGAAUUUUCAUUGUGCCCAGCUGAAAUUCCCUUACAUUCACAAGGAAUGUUGAAAGAGAACCUUAAAAAGGAAGGACAUUUGUAUAAGCAUAGUUUACAUUUUAUCCAUUAUUUUCAUCUGGAUUUACUUUUUCCUCUCUGUAGUGUCAUGAAAACCUGCUAUGUAAGGUAUUAUUCAGACAACAGUGGAAAAAAUUAUUUUCCCAGUCUGACCAUAUAUAAUACUUGUUUCCUGCUUAGUGUGCUUACCUAAAUGUACAUCUGUUGAAAACCGUGGGAGGGAAUGUGUGAAGCAGCUUCCAACAGCCCUUAGUCCUAAAGUGGCCAUAAAGCUUAGUGAUGCCCAGGGCGGAGAGAUACAAGAGCACUGCUGCCUGCACAAGGCCUUGAAGAAGGACAGCAUCCUCAGCAGGCGCUAUGUGUCAUGCAGUUCCCACAGCAUCCCUACAGAGGUGGUGCUCCAAGAGCAGUUCUCCAUUUUCCAGGGCAGGAAGCCUCUUCAAAAGUAGGUUGGCUCAGCAGAGGUGGUGCAGUUUGUGUCCAAGGUGCUUGGCCAUACUUUGAAACUGCAUUUCGUGCAGCCUGCAACCCUCAGCACUGCAGGCUUUAGCAUCUUUACUCAUCAAAAAAUGCUUAUAUUCAACCUAGCAAGGGACUGCCUGUGCCAGUACGUACUGUAAACCUGGAUGCUGAUGAUUGACGUUAAAGCUUCUGGGAAGUCUUUGGGCAUCUGCCCACUGAUUUCUCACCAGAUCCAGGAUCUCCACCAGCCAACCUUAAGGAAUGUAAGCUGUAACUGGAAAAAGGCACUUCACAUAGAGGCAUUUGUGCUGAGUCAGUGCUGAGUGACACUUCCUCUGCUCUGACUGCGAGUGACGUGUACUGACAGUGCUCAGGCUGUUUGUAAGAGAGGGGAAAGAUUUAUUUGCUAAGCAGAUUAGAGGAGUAGUUGAGAAGAACACCACCUUUUAAUGAUACUGCUCCAAUGUACAGACAUCUCACGGAUCUUGCAGAGAAUUGAAAUUCAUGGAGGGGGAAAAAAGUUCAAAAUUAGCCAGCGUGGAUGCAUCUCCAUAGUGAGCCAAAUCAGUGGGUUUCACUGAGUGUAAGCCAGCUCAGAAUGGUUGGCCUUUCUGGGGUGGGAGGUGGAGGGGAGAAAAAGAAAAAACCUAAAAUUGGUAGAUUCUUAGCUUUAUAAAUGCUGAUCUGGAUUACAUGUUCUCUUUGUUUCCUUUUCUGCACACACUUUAAAAAAAAGGUACCUACUUAAUAAAAUAAAAAUAAAUCAGACAUUUGUUAAAAUAAUAGCUUCUACCUGAAUCCCAGCAUCCUGAUACCUGUAUUUUGGCUGUUUCAGAUUAUUUUGAAGGGACAUGUUGAAAGAGGAAGGAUUCUUUUGGGAAGGCAUUAGUGUUCGAUGAAUUCACUGUGCUAACAUCUUCACUUUUACCUACUACUGCUUCAAAAAUAAAGUAUUUUUUAAUGUCUUAUUUAGCAAUUGUGUGACAGCUAUUAAUAAUACUACAGUUUUUAAAUUUCUGUUUAACAUAUACUACCUUUUGUAAAAGAAGUAUAUACAGAUAAUGUUUCUCUAGAGUUUAUGCAUAGAGAAUGUUAGUAAGGGAAGAGGUUUUUAAUAAAUUUAUAACUUCUUACUGGUCAUCUUACAUUUUAAAUGAUACUUUUAAAUCACUACUUUUGUCAAUUGGAAAUAUACUGAAUAUUUUAUUAUUUAAAUAGUAUAAUUUUAUAGCUGUUUAUUAAUUUCAGUUGACUACUAACUUCUAUUUUAUUAUUUAUUAAUGACUUGACACUGUAGGAUAUUGAGAUGUUUAUUUUUCUAUCAGAGCUGUAACAACUAUGACAUUGCAUUAUUAUAAUGCAACAUUAUUGUACUUGCUCUCUAAAAAAAUAAAAUCAAUAUUUAAUCCAUAUGGAUUUUUCAUAUUUGUAAUGCUUAUUAUGUCUGUAAUAAGGAACAGAUGCUGCCCUCCUUUUAAAAAUAGAAGGCACCUUCAUUGAAGAGCAAAUGUCUGCAAAGGGAAGGAAAUGAUUACAACUGUUUUUGAAGGGAAUAAUACUGUGUUGGGUGAGAUAAAACACAACACCAUGUUUAUCAUAUGUAGGCAAACAGAUGAAUGCAUGUUCAGGAUGAACUUUGAGAAGGUAAGAAGGGACACAGUAGCCAUUAGCAAUUUGGAGGUGCAGCUGGUUUGCCUUGCCCAGUACAGUGGAAGCAUGAAUGCACAAGGAGGUGUUAGUACUUGGUAGAAGACAAGAUAAUUUUUGUAGAAAUAUAAUCUAUAGACUGACAAGUGGUUAUGAUAGCCUUUCUUCUGCUUUGCUCUGUUGGGUGGUAGAGGAGCUGGUUUUGUACUUUUAACAUGCUCCAGUUUUUGCUCUAGGCAUGAGAGAGCAAACUAAAGUAACAACUGAUAUUUGCUCAGUCAUCACGUCACUUACUGUACAGGACUUAACUAUACAACAGAAACACCUUGGAAGAGCUGUACAGCAAAACCGGAAAAAAAAAAAA